UUACAUUCACUCCUCUUCCCAAGGCCAUGAGAUUCACGGCUCUCCUCUUCUUGGCAGCUCUGGCUGGGACUCUGGUCUGUGCCCAAGAUUCUACUCUGGUCCAGGAACCUGUGUCCCGACUCGGGGUAGGAAAAGGUCUUGGGGUAGAAAAAGGUCUCGAGCUAGCCAAAGGAGCCAGAGAAAAACUACUUGAAAAAUUUGAAGAUGGAAGAAAAUUUCUCGAAAGACUCGGGGUAGGAAAAGGUCUUGGGGUAGAAAAAGGUCUCGAGCUAGCCAAAGGAGCGAGAGGAAGACUACGUGAAAGACUUGAAGAUGGAAGAAAAUUUCUCGAAAGUCUCGGGGUAAGAAAAGUCUCGGGCUAGCCAAAAGAGCGGGAGAAAAACUACGUGAAAAAAAUUAAAGUUGGGAAAAAAUGAAUCAAAGUCCUGCCCAGGUGGUGGGAGAGCGCAGGUCCCUUGUUCUCCGGUGACUCUACCUGCCAUCCCUCUGAUUUUGGUGCGAGGCCCCUCCAGGGGCUCAGUGAGGCUGGGAAGCAGAAGAUGGAGCAGAGGAGGAAGGUGCCUCCACCCUUCAAGCCUCAUUCUCCUCUCCGCUGUACUCUAGAUGCAGCCGAAUUUGCACAAACCCUGAGGAAAAAAUUCACUUCUCCAAUAUUUUCACUCUGAGAAACUGAACAGAAUGGGGUCUCUGGACUUACCGCCUUAAA